UCGUAUAAGUAUACGAGAGUGCAUAACAUACAGCAUGUAUAGCAUAGCGCGUAUAAACGAGAGUGGCGGUGCGCGCGUCUAAUAGUCGCGCCGUUUAUAGUCGACGGGCUCCAGUGGUGAUGCGUGAAAAUUCCAUGGCACCGGCGACGAUCGUUACGAGGUGUUGCAGCGCUCAUAUUUGUAAUAUCUCAGAAUUUUUUAUAUAGAGAACUUUAAAAAAGGCUCGUGAAAAUGGAGAGCGACAGUCUAUUGAUCCCGCGCAAUCCCAAUAUUUUGGAGAAAAGAAGGAGCCCGACCGAUACCGCCUAUACGGUCUUUUUUUGGAUGGUACUGCCGUGCUGGAUCGCCACCGGUAUUUACGCUUACGUAACAGGAGACUCGAGCAAAUUAUUACCGCCAGACGUUGCGGAUGAAAUCGAGCAAGCUCUCACUACCUCAAGGCUACUGAUCAUCGUCGGCUUCGUCCUGCUGACCUCACUGUACUCGCUGCUGUUCGUCGUGGUGCUGCUGAAGUUCCGCAACAUCAGCGUGGGUGUGUUGGGCCUGUGCUGGAUGCCCGUGGCGACCUGCAUCGUCCUGGCCGCCCUCUAUCCGACCGUCUGGGCGUUUUACGCGCUCGCCGCCUCGGUCUGCAGCGCCGUGCUCACCCACGUGCUCAUACACACCGAGUGGUUCUACCUGACCGAGGCCAUCGUCAAGGAGACUUGCCAACUACUGAGUCAAAAUGGAAAGAUCGUCCUGUACACGGUGCUGUUCUACUUGCUCGGCCUGCUGCUCGUGGUGUUCGGCGCCACGACCCACAUGUUCCUCGCGACGAUCGAGGACGAGGACGAGCCCGAACUGCGCCCGGCCCACGUCGACUUCAUGAUGGCCCUGAACUUCGUGGCCAGCAGCUGGAUACCCUGGUCGGUGUCGAAUUUCGCCCAGCUGGUCAUCGCCGGCACCUUCGCCAGCUGCUACUGGGACGCCGACAAGGCCUCGAUGCAUCAUCAGUCCCGGGACACGGUCACGGCUUUCAUCAAGAUCGCCGCCAAGUAUCACAUUGGCACCAUGACCCACGGGGCCUGGAUCUUCGGCGUUUUAACGGCAAUCGGGACGAUCGUCAAGCUGUUGAUCGACUCGUUCCGCCAACGGGGCCGCGACCUCAAGCUCAUUCUUCUGACCGUGAGCAAUUUGUUCGACGCGGUCGUGCUGCGAUUCACGAUGUGCAGUGCCAUCACCAUGUGUGCCGUUCACGGCCAGGAUUACAUGGAGUCCGCCGCGUUGGCGGCCGAUCACUUGGCGAGACACACCAAGCGCUGUCUGCUCAUGGCCAAAAUGACCGAAUGGAUUCUCUUCAUGGGCGUCAUCUUCAUCUCGCUGCUCACGAUGUUCUGCACUUCCGGCUACCUGUCUUCCACCGUCGAGCCCGAGGAUCUCAACGUGCUCAUGGUCUUCAUCGCUCUGGGCUCGCUCAUUUUCGUGCUGCCCGUCUUCUCGCUCCUCGCCACGGGCUUCAACACGAUUCUGCUCUGCGUCCUCGAGGACGCCGACCAGAACGAUGGCAGCUACGAGAAACCCUACCACAUGCGACCCGAGCUGCGAACGGCCCUGGAAAUCGACGGACCGCCCGAUUGGUAUCAGCGCGGUGGCAAAUACAUCUGCUAACGAGUGUUCGAACGCUAGUAUUUUUCCAAUUUGCAAAACGUGCGACUGAAUUAUUUAUCGUAUUACGUGUGAUAUCGAGAGUUACGUUGAAAGUAAAAAAAAAUGCGAACAUUGAGUGGUUACGAGAGCAGACUCAACGAGAAGAUUGAAUAAUUUAUACGAUUUCGUAUGGUAAUUCAAAAUUUGUUGAUACGAUUACUUGAAUGUAUU